AUGUUGCUAGGAGAAAGAGUGUCCUUUCCGACUACUGUAGCGUACUUUGUGUUUGCAUACAACUUCUUCUUCGGCUUAAUGGUCUUCGGCUGUCUUGUACUCUACAUCUUAGCCACUGUUCUCAUGUCUGAGUGGAGGACGAAGUUCAAACGAGCGGCGAAUAAACUCGACAACCAGACCAGAACCAUAGGUGUGGAUUCGCUGAUCAACUUCGAGACUGUCAAAUACCAUGGAGCAGAACAGUUCGAAGUUGACAGAUUCAGGGCGUCUCUAGUAUCCUACCAGAAGGAAAGCUGGAAGAACUCUGCGAGUAUCCAACUCAUGAAUGUGGUCCAGAUACUCAUAAUUUAUGCCAGUCUAUUUGGAGGAUGUGCUUUGUGUGCAUACUACAUAGUGUACAAGCAACAAGACGUCGGAAGUUUCGUGCUGUACACUACCUACAUGGUACAACUCUACUCCCCUCUCAACUUCCUGGGAAAUUACUACCGGAUGAUCCAGCAGUCCUUCAUAGACCUGGAAAACUUGCUGGAUCUAUUCAUGCAAAAAGUGGAAGUCACUGAUCGUGACGGAUGUGAAGUAUUGAAUAUCGAAGGAGGAGAAAUAGAGUUUGAUGACGUCACUUUCCACUACAGACCAGACCAGCCAAUCCUCAAAAAUGUCUCUUUCAAGGUUCCAGCGGGAAAGACGGUCGCGGUGGUGGGGCCUUCCGGGUCCGGGAAGAGUACUUUGAUCCGUCUGGUGUUCCGUUUCUACGACAUCCAAGGGGGGUGCAUUUCAAUAGACGGACAGGACAUCACAAAAGUGACCCAGCACAGUCUCCGCAAGAGCAUCGGCGUCGUGCCCCAAGACACUGUUCUAUUCAGUGAUACCAUCGGGUAUAACAUCCACUACGGAAGGCCAGACGCAGACGAAGACGAAAUGAAAGCAGCUGCUGAAAGGGCCGACAUCCACGACAGGAUCCAGACAUUCCCGGACGGGUAUGAGACUAAAGUUGGCGAGAGGGGUCAGAAGCUGAGUGGGGGAGAAAAACAGCGGGUGGCAAUCGCCAGGACUGUUCUCAAGGCACCCAGAAUAAUUAUGUUGGACGAGGCAACUUCUGCCCUGGACACUCAGACAGAAAGAAAUAUCCAGGGUGCGCUCGAUGACGUCAGCAAAGACAGGACCACUCUGGUAGUGGCCCACAGACUGUCCACUGUGGUCAAUGCGGACAUGAUCAUGGUCCUCAAGGACGGGGUCAUAGUUGAGAGAGGAACCCAUCAGGAACUGAUAGACACUCCUGGAAGUGUUUAUUCCGAGAUGUGGAACCAACAAGCCAUGGUUGACAGCGAAAUUAAAGCUCGUGGAGAUUCUGAGGAUUCUAUGUUAUGAUUAAUCAACUUCGCUUGUCUUAUUCGAAAACAUCAAAAAGAUAUAAUUCUGACGACAGCUUGUAAAAAUUUGUAUCUUCGUCGUAGAUUUUGCAUGAUUCCCAGAGAUGUUUAGUUUCUAAUAAAUUUACAAAUUGAA